AUGAUUAAUUUGAGUCUCCCGAACCAAGGGGCCAAUUUGGCGACCUUGACAGCUCCAUCGAAUCCACCAACAUCUUCUUAUUUUUCAUCCCAUCCUAACAAUAUCAAUAAUAAUAUUUCUAACCAGUUACAUUUUUUUUUGACCAAACAGGAUCAGCAAGCUCGUAUCAGUAACACCAAUAUCAGCUCUAAUUUCCACCUUAUAUCCCAGUAUAUCCUGCAGAUUUAUUACAAAGUUGACUUCAGUGGAUUAUCGUCUUUGAAAAUUGUGGAUUUAAUUGUGGACCAGACAUAUCCGGAUUCGAUUACGCUGAGAAAAUUAAAUGAAAAUACAUCCAUAAAGCCUUAUGAGUAUUUCAAUACAAUUUCUAGAGAUGAGGAUAUUUCGAGAUGUCCCAUUUUCGCAUUGGCGAUCUAUUUUGUGAUACGAUGGAGUCAUCCAAACCCGCCAAUUACAAUUGAGAAUUUUGACAAUAUUCCAUUACUGGAUCCCAAUUUUAUAUCCAUAAACAACACUGGUGCAAAUGGUGUGAAUAGCGCUGCGAACUCAUUGAUGAAUACCCAAAAAGUUUCCAGGUCGCAGCUUUUCAAUCCUUCGCAGGAGUUAAUCAAUUUGAUUUUCCCGUGGCUAUCGCCUUUGAAGCAGGAUAUGCUGUUUAUCGACAGGACGAACUAUAAAUUAAAUUCCUUCGUCGAACUAUUUGAGUUUUUCGCGAUCACCAUAAUUCAGGAUCUCAGAUACCUCCACACCCAUCCCAAUUUACUACCGAACAUAGUCUCGUUUGUGGCGAAAUUCAUACCAGAUCUAUUCAAAAAUGAACAUUUCAAGGCACGGAUGGUAGGAGAAAAUAUCUACGGAAAUAAUGACAGUGAGACUAAUAAUGUAUUGAACAAUAAUGAUACACGAUUUUUAGAGUUGUCCAGGAGAUUGACAACUGAAAAUAUUCGACUGAGUCAGCAAAUCACAAAUCUUAAGUCGGAAUUGAGUUCCGUUCAGUCUAUGUGUGACCAAAUUUUACAAUUACAAAGGCAGCUGCUGUCUGGUUCUUCGCAAUCUACUUCUGGGAGCGACGUAAACAAUAGUCAGGUCACUGAUAAAAAUGGAUUAAUAUUGUUAGACAAAAAUUCACUGAAUCUUUCAAUGCUCAGCAAUUUGGUCCAUACUAUCGAAGAAUCGCAAAAGCAACAACAACAACAACAACAACAACAGCAGCAGCAGCAGCAGCAGCAGCCGCAAAUUCAACUACAACAAUUGCAACUGCAACUACGACAGCAGCAACAACAAUUACAACAACAACAACAAUUACAGCAACAGCAGCAGCAACCACAACAGUUUCAGCAGGCUGAUACUCCAUUUACUGCUCCUACCAACAUGUUUCCAUCGUUGAGUAACCCUAUUCCGUCGAUGCUCACGUCUCAAGUCCCACAACAACUAACUAGUGCACAAUCACAGGAUUCAACCUUGAAGAGAAAGUUGCCUCUGCCAACUUCUGCACCCGCAAGUGGACUAGGCCCUUUUUCACCGUCGCCGGGACCAGCAACUGUAGGUCCAACGAAUCCAGAUUCGCCAUUCCCAAAGCGUUUUAGGUAUGACGAUAAACCAACUCCUUCGCAGACAGCUUUGGACUCUCUGCUUUCCAAAUCAAUUGGUAGUCCCAAGUAUUCGAAUUUGCAAAAUCAAGGAGCAAUUCCAAACAAUGCCGCAAGAUUAUCCUCACGCUUUGCUACUCCGCCCACUUUUCCUGUGCCAGAAUCACCUUCUGCAGCGGCUCAAACAAUACCCGCCAAUCCUGGUGCGUCUUUCACCACUCAAAAUGUCAUCGAGGAAGAUUUGUCGGGAUCGGCUUCAGCUAAUCCAGCGAAAGAUGGGCCAGAAAAUAUGGAAGGCGAUUCGACUUCUGAAGGAAGUCAGGCAACAGCUGCGGCUGCAGAAUCACCAACAUCGGUGUCUGGCCUGAUUGAUAGUGCCAAUCAGACUGGAAACAAGGACGACCAAGGUUCGUUGUCCAAUGAUGAUAAAUCUUCUUCACCAAGGUCUGAAAGGGACUCUAACUCGAAGAAGAACCCCCAAAAUGGUGAGAAAAUUGGGCCCAAUAAACACAUUAAGUAUAAGCUGUCAAGGGAUAAUAAGACAGUAUGGGAUCUUUACACAGAAUGGUACAUUGGUUUGAAUGGCAAACCAUCUAUAAAAAAUUUGAUAGAUGACUACGGUUGGAGACGCUGGAAGGUGAGUGAAGAUUCCCAUUUUUUUCCGACUAGAAGAAUUAUCAUGGAUUACAUCGAAAACGAAUGUGACAGAGGCAUUAAGCUUGGGAGAUUCACCAAUCCAGAUCAGCCAAGAGAAGAAAUUAGAAAAGUCUUAGUUGGAGACCUUGAAAAGUUCAGAAUCAAUAGUGGACUGACUCUCAAUUCGAUUUCUGUUUAUUUCAAGAAUUUGACCAAGGAGAACAAGGAAAUUUGCAUCUUUAGUGAUUUCGACAAUUGGACUGUCAGGUCCAUGACAGAGGAAGAAAAGGUGAAGUAUUGUAAACGGCAACAUAUGAAAGAAAAUGGUUAG